AUGGCACCUCGUGGACGUGGUAGAGACCAUGGGAGAGGUCAUACUAAUGUUCGUGCACCGGAGAUUAACCCAAAUGAUCCAUUGAAAUUUAUGACUGCAUUAGAGAAUAUGGCUGCGACUAUGCAGGCCACUGCUGAGGCUCUUAGGCAACAGAUGAACAACCAUGGCAAUGACAGAGGUGGAGUUCAUGACCCGAUGACAUUGGCAAACUUUUUGAAGGUUAAUCCACCUAAGUUUAAGGGAACUACUAGCCCGACUGAAGCCAAUACCUGGUUUCAGGCUAUGAAGACGGCCAAGGAACUUGAGUUACUGCAGCUGAAGCAGGGUACUAUAUCCGUAUCUGAGUAUGCCGACAAGUUUGAGGAGCUAUUCAGGUUUUUUCGUAUGUGUCAUGGGACUCCAGGAGACUAUGAGGAAUGGAAAUGCAAUAAGUAUGAAGGAGGACUCCAGAGUGAUAUCUUCAGCUCAGUGGGACCAAUGGAGAUUAGGAUCUUCUCCGAGUUGGUGAACAAGAGUAGAGUUGCUGAAGAGUGUGUGAAGAAGGCAGUUGUUGAGAGAGGGAGCCACAAGGGAUCAUUCCCACAGAACUGA